CCAAGUCUGAGAGCGCCUUGGGUACCUCAGAGAUGCUGGUGCGGCUCGGAAGGCGCUGUGGACGGGCAAAGGAAAGCACGGAAGUAAAGAACUGUGAAGAAGAUCAAGUCCUCUAUCCACCUCUUCUGCCUAGCAAAGUAGAUCUCCGGCAGGUCACCAUAAUUCCACACAAUGAGUGGGAAAGGAUUCGAGAUAGCCUUGACAGUUUGACAAGAGAAGCAGCACACCUUCGUGCAGAAAGAAAGGCAAAGAAAGAAAUGCAUUUCCGAUCCCAAGAAGUGGUAAAACACUGGACUAAUACAUAUGCAGGGAUGAAAGAACAGAAACUUGAAGCCAAAAAGAAACGUGAUAAAGAAAUAGAGGCAGAAAGACAAAUUCUUGAUGUGGAAGAAGCAAUACACAAACAAGGAGAAAGGAAAAAGGCCAUUGAAUAUGCAAAGCAAUAUCAAUUUUACCAGACAGAAAGAGUGAAAAACUUUCAUUCAGGACUUCUUCUUAGUAGAGUUUUGAAAGAACGUGAUGCACAGAUUGAAUUCCAAAAGAGUAAAAUAAAAUCAGAUAAAAAAUGGGAGGAACAAGUGAAACUCAAUGUUGAAAAAUCUUUUAAAGAAGAACAAGAAAAAGCAGAAAAACAACGUAGAGAUAGAGUGGCUCUUGGCAAAGAUCAUUUAAAACAAAUAAAGGAACAUGAAGAGGAAGAAGAGAGAAGGAGAAAAGAGGAAGAAAAGGAUGCUGAGGAAAUAAAACGACAGAAUUCAUUAUAUGAAAUAGAAAUGAAAAAAAAAAGAGGAAAGAAAAAAGAAGAGAUCAAUGAAAGCAGGAGACUAUUUUUUGAACAUUUGAAUGAUAAAAAUACCAUCAAAGCUAUAGAACGGCAGCAGCAAGAGGAAGAAGAUGAAAAGAUUAGAAAAUUUAUCAAAGCAAAAAAGCGUCUUACACAAAUGGGGAAAGAAAAAGAAGCUGAAACACACAGGCUAAUGGAGGAACGGAGAGAAAGAAUAAAUAACUUCCUGAGUAAACUAAUGAAAGAGAAAUUUGACAAUGAAGAUUUGAUUAUUGCUAGAGAUAUUGCAGAAGCUGAGGCUGAAUGGGAAAAAAGAGAAAGAGAAAAGUAUGAAAAAAACAAAGCAGAAUUAAAAGCAAUUGCAGAACAUAGAGCUCUUGUGAUAAAAAAUAAAGAGGAAGAAGAAAGACAAAGAAAAAUAGAGGCUAAAGAACAAUUGCUAGCUAUCCUGAAAGCGGACCAGAUUUUCUGGGAGCGUGAAAAGGAGAAAAAACGGAAAGCUGAUAAAGAACGUCGAGAGGUUCAAGAUGCCCAUAUUCAGCAAAUGAACCACCAUACUGUUUUCUACAGCAACUGUACCAUUUAACACUCUGACCAGCAAUGUUCAAGGGUUCCAGUUUCUCCAAAUUCUCAACAUUUUCUGUGUUUGUUGUUGCUUAUAAUAAUGGAUUUGAAAUGGUAUCUCAUUGUGGUUUUCAUUUGCAUUUCCCUCAUGAUUAGUGAUGUUGAGUAUCUUUUCAUAUGCUUAUUGGCCAUUUCCAUUCAGUCUGAAGACUUUCUUUAGCACAUUUUAUAGCACAGGUGGGCUAGCAAUAAAUUCUUUCAGUUUAUGUUUUUCUGGAGAUGUCUUUAUCUUGCCUUUUCAUUGGAUAUCAUUUUUUUCAGACUUUUGAAAUGUUUGUUCCAGUGUCUUCUGGCCUUCACUGUUUAUGACUAGAAAUCUGCUGUCAAUCAUAUUGUUUGUCUCCUAUAUGUGAUGUGUCAUUUUUCUCUUGAAAAUGAAGUUUUUUCUUCAUUUUUGGCUUCCUGCAGAUUGACUAUGAUGUAUUUUCCUUGAAUUUUUUCUAUUUGGGAUUUGUGGUGCCUCUUGGAUGUGCUAGUUAAUAUCACCAAAUGUGGGGAGUUUUCUGUCAUUUCUUCAAAUAUUUUUCCUGCUUCUUUAUCCUUUUUUCUUCAGGGACCCAAUUUGCACAUACACAGAGACAUCUGAUAUUAUACCAGAAACCUCUUGACAAUUCUGAUCAUUUUUAGUCAAUAUUUUUCUUUGUUCCUCAGAUGGGACAGUUUCUAUUGACCUACCUUCAGAUUCACUGAUUCUGAUGUUGAGCUCAUCUAAUGAAUUUUUCAAUUAUUGAACUUUCAACUCUACAGUUUUCAUUUGGUUCUUUUUUAUAUUUUCUAUAUUGUUUCCAUUUCUCUGAUUAGAUUCCCAGUUCACGCAUUCUAAGCAUAUUUCCUUUAAUUCACUGGAUAUAUUCAUAAUAACUGCUUUGAAAUAUAAUUGCUAAAGUC